CUCUUCUGUAGUUCGAGGCUUUCUCUUUUUGCUCGCUCCAACAUGGAUGUCGGAGUGACCCCAAGACGGCACAACCCCGUGGACAGCAUCUGCCGCAAGCUGCAGACUAUCCAGCGACGAGAUCAAGAGGUUAACUCGCCCUUUCAGAUCCCUAAGUUCCAGUCCAGCAGCUACGACAGCCCUCAUUCGGGUCUGCGCCUCAACCUGGAGGCCAUCCUGAAGAAGCGUACUGUCCGAACUGACGAAGACUCUGACUGCGAUUCCUCAGUGAGCAUGUUGACACCCACAGCUUCCCCGGGACCGGGGUCUGCUGCCAACACCCCUUGUGCUCCCAUUACACCUGGCAAUGCCACCUAUACCAUUACCAGCACACUGAGCACGUUAGGGGAGAGGAGAAAUACAGCAACGUACAGCCGGCCGUUUCGGCGUAACUGCUCCACCCCAGCAGCCCAGACUGGGGACAAUUACUUUAACUUUACCCCACGCUACACCACACAAACCCUGCUGGAGGGGCCCGACACAGAGGUGAAGACCUCGAAAAUCCCAGCUCCUGGCUUGUUCUCGUAUAACUUGAACUUCUCCUCAGAUAUUUCUAACAUGGACAAUGAACUCGUCUACCCGGCCCUCGUGGUUAAGAGACUUUCACUGGGCGAGGGAUCUCUGUUUCCCUCCGAGCCCAAGAAGGAGAGCAUGGCUGAGGUCAGUCUGAUUUGCGAGGAAGACCUGUUGGAUACUAUUUUUCAGGCUUGUGACACACAGUGCAGAGGUACAUACAUCACCCCCUCAUUGCUUUUAUUCUGUAUACUCUUCAGUUAUAUUCUGCAUUUUAACAAACUACUAACCCUAAAAGUAAAACUUUUACUCUGAACCGUACUUUUACUCUGUAAAUUUUACUCUGCUC